UCCUCCCCCCCUCAUCACCAUCUUCCAUAUGCCAUCAAGAGUCCUCCAUAAAGGUCUGGGAAACAUUUCUGGAAGUUCAAGACAUUAUCAUGGCUUAUGCAUAUAGUUUUGAAAGUUUAUCUAAACAAUUUAUUCAUAAAUUGUUGGUAAGCAGCAAGAUUAGGGAAAUAAUAGAUGAAUUUGGGCCUGAACACACCACAGAGGAAAUGUUUUCCUCUAUUUGGAGCCUGGAUGAAGCCCAUAGCACUCUGUCACCAGUUUUGCUCCCACCAAGCAAGUCAAAUGAAGUUUCUUAUCAGCACAGCAGAAAGGGAGACAAAGCUUAUGUAUUUCAUGAUCUAGAUGAAGCAUUAAAAUGUUAUAAUUUAGCUGUGUUAUCUGCACCACAUCCAGACAUUGUGGCAGGUAAUGUCCAGACCCAUGACAAAAAAGUAUAUAAAGCUUUGGCCCAUGCAUACGGAUCUCGUUCUCUUGUACUGUUCAAUCUGAAGCAGUAUGAAAAAUGCUUGGAUGACAUUGAGCGUGUCCUGCAACUUGACUCUUUACAAGUAUCUACUCAAAAAUUUAGAGAAAUGAAGGUCACAUGUCAGAAAAUGAUAUUAAAGGAUAAAGAUAAGAAACGUGAUAUUACAGCUGAGAGUAAUUUUAAGUCUUCUGAACUGUCAUUUGCAUAUACAAACCCUGAUCCUCCAAAGUUAAAAGAGUGCAACUCUACAGUGCCAUCAUUGAGCAGCGCUGUCAAGCUGGUCUACACUGAUCUUCAGGGACGACAUUUGAUUGCUGAUAAAGACAUCAACCCAGGAGAGAUUGUGAGUGUUGAUGAUGGGUACUGCACCACAGUGUUUACUGAGAUGUUAAAAAUGUAUUGUACUGUGUGUGUGAAGAGAUGCAUGGCUCCUCUACCCUGCCCCACCUGUAAUAUGGUGAUAUUUUGCAGUGAGGAAUGUCGAACACGAGGGUUAUCAGAUGUGCAUUUUCAAGAAUGCCCUAUUAUGCCAACUCUGUGUGCACUGGACAUGGGAAGAAAUCCUGCAUUAGCAUACAGAAUAAUGAUGAAGACUACGCAUGCCAAGCUCAAGGAGAUGAUACCACUCCUGCAACAUGAUGCCAAAAAUCAGCCUCCCAAGAAUCUUGGUUUCAAUAAAAAUAGAAUCUAUGAUGCAGCAGAUUAUACUUCAGUGUAUCACCUGAAAACCAACAAAGAAAAGCGAUCUUCAAAAGACUUACUUAGGAGAUGCAUACAAGCUUUUAUUAUAACCAAACUUCUGCAGCUGAGUGGGCGCUACUUCAUCAGUUGUGAUGGCGAGCCCUUCACUCCAAGUCUUGAAGACAUUAUCUUGACUGGCAGCACACUCAUCCAUCAUAUGAUGAACCUCAUCUGUAAUGCUAGAGCGAUUGGAUUUUUAACGGUUGCUUUGAAUAAUAGCGGCCAGAGUCAUGAGACAAUGUGCGGUUGUGGAGUUUACUCUGCAUCAAGCCUUAUGAAUCACUCUUGCAAUGCAAACUGUACUGCAGUUUUCUAUGGUAAGACAGAGGUUGUAAGAGCAAUACAGUUCAUUCCUGCUGGCAAACCAUUAACUAUCUUGUAUGGAGAAAGUUUUGCUGAAGAAGGAACAUUUUUCAGGAGGUUGACAUUGAAGACUCAAUACCAUUUCACAUGUACAUGUGAGGCUUGUGAAAAUAACUGGCCAACUUGCAUGGCUUUGUCACAACUUAUACUCCUAAUGUGCACAAAAUGUAAUGAAGCAAUCAACUCUUUCACAAAGAUAUGUCCCAAGUGCCAACUAAAAUAUGACCAAAGAGAAGUGCCAGGUAGACAGAGUAUGACGCCAUACAACUACAGACUCAUCUCUAGGAAAAUACAAAGAGUUCAGGAGGAUUAUUUGAUUGCCAAGUAUAACAUCCUUGUUAAAGGCAGCAAUGCAGAUAAAGACAUAAAAGUGGUGCGCACUUUGAUAAAGCUUUUCUGCAAGUAUGUGAAGCAGCCGUGCUUUCUUCUCAUUGAUGCUAUGCAUACACUUUGCUUUGUAUUUGACAAACGUGGUGCAUGUGUAUAUGUUAAUGCCAUAGAACCACCAUGUUCAGUGUCUUAAAUGUAACUUGAGUCAGAGUCCUUCUACAGGUAUGCAAAGCCACAGAUUUUACCUGGCAAAACACAUGCACCUACCCCCACCCAUCCACCCUCUGCUAUGUACCUAUACCCAAUCUUUGCCCCCUACCCCCAUUUUCCCACUCGCCCUCUUGUCUGCUAUAUUUUUGCCCAGCCCCUUCCCCUUACCUCCACCACCCCAGCCCUUCCUUUCCUAGCCCUGCCCCUCAUCCCAGCCCAGCCUCUUGCCCAAGCCCUACCUCUCUAGCGCUGCUUCUCAUCCCAGCCCUGCCUCUCUCCCCAACCUUACAUCUUGCCCAAGCCCUGCCUCUCACUCCAGCUCUGCCUCUUGCCCAAGCCCUGCCUCUCACUCCAGCUCUGCCUCUUGCCCAAGCCCUGCCUCUCACCACAGCUGCCUCUCAUCCCAGCUGUGCCUCUCACCUCAGCCCUUGUAACACCCGAAGCACCACUCAUUGAAACCUAGUACCAUUCCUGUUUACUAUUAAGUAAUUGAAAGACACAUUCUAACUAAAGAUAACCCUACAGGCAAUCAACGGUAGUUCUGUAGAAGAGAUUUGGCAGUCACAAUAAGUUGAGAUGGGUGUUUACCUCUCAUCAGGUCACUACAAAAAUCACCACCCUCCUCGAUGACAAACCACUCCUUAGUGGCCCUCUGUUUCCAUAUUAGUCUUUGACUAGUACGGUUGCCUCUUCCUCCCCACCUCACGAGGGCAGUUGAGGGCAUUGUCACACAAGCAGAUCCACCUUGUUUUUGCUCUGUUCAUCACCUUGUGUGUGCCUUACUAUUUCUGUUCAGUAUUUCCUAGGCAGACUUUUCUAGUCACUUUUUCCUUGUUCAUUAUUCACUUGUUCAUUCCCAUCUCUGUUCACCACAGUGUGUUCACAAGUGUUCGUUCAACUCACUACCUACACGUCAUUACAUUAGCUUGCUACAUACAACUCAUUACCUACAACUUGUUACAUAAACUUGUUACAUACCCCCUAUGUAUCCCUAUUAAGACAAAAACAUGUGUAUUUUGUAGAAAUUAAACAUGAAUUUUCUUAUGCUAAUCUAUGUCCCAACUUAAAAUUAAACUUAUAGAUAUAUUUGCCUGAAGAAGAUUAAAAGCUAGCCCCUCUAACAUACAGUUACAUACAGUAUAUCAAUGGGUAUCCAAGGAGUCCAAAAAUCCCACUUGUCAGUUUAUAUAUAUUAAACUAAAUCCACCAAUAUUAGUUUAUAGGUAAGGAAAUGUGUAGCUCACAAUAUACAUAAAGGGUUAACCAUUUAUUUACUUUUGUUUACAUUGGUUUUGAGAGAUGACAUUUCCUGUAAAGAUGAUACUCGGUGCAUCUGCCGCCUUGGGUGGGGUUUUCAACUGUAAGAGUUCCAGACUGUUUUUCAACAUUUAACACUGCUAUUUCUCCAUACACAAGGGUCUCUCUCUUACACUAUUCAUCUACAGUUAAUAAAAGUAAUAUGUAGUAAAGUUAAGAAUUUCUUGCAUAACUAACAACAUAGAAAUUAUAAAAUUGUCCUUGAACAGUUCACCCUAACAAUAAAAAUUUAAUCAAUUGAAAGAAUAAUAUCAGAGUUAACGAUAAUGAUUAUUAUAUGAUUAAUAUUGUAAGACUGUCCCUGAUAGUUCUUCUUGACAAAAACAACAUUUGAUAAUUAAUAGAAUAUAGAAAACUUAAGACUUGCACAUUUCACCUUGAUAAUAAAAAAAUAACAACAUGAGAGCACAUUUAAAAAAUAAUAACAACAAGUAUCAUGUCACUAAUAGGGUUUAAAAAUUGUAACACUGUCUAAUGACAAUCCUCUUCAUCCUUGAACAAAUAAAAUAUACUGUAUAUGAUACUUAAGCUGUUCAAGAAUAUAUUUGUAAUAAAAGCAAAGAGUAUUAUGGCAUAAAAAUAAUAAUGCAAACAAUAUUUUCUAGGAUAAUUUAAGACUCCAUCAUCUCUGACACUGUUCCUCCUCUUCUCCCAUAAAUUUGAAACAAAAAAAUGUAUAAUUAACAUCUAGUUUAAUGCAAAAAUAUUGGAAAGAUCAGCGUUUAAUAAGUCUGAUAUUCUGACAAAGUUAAUUGCAACUAAAGAUGAAAAAUAUUGUAUUUUGUAUUGUAAUAAAAGAGCAAAAAUA